CGACAAUAUCAACCAUGAGUCAAUUGAGGAGUAGUAUGAGCAGACUCAGAACUCUGAGUAGUCGAGAGGUCUGUUCCAAUGUUCAGCUCUCUUCAACCAUUCGGCGAGGUGCGAGGAGCUUUGGCAGCGGCACGUCCGGUCGAGCAGGCGGGGGUCUACGGUCAGGAGUAGUGCUCUCUGCUAGUAUCAUUGCAGGUCUCGGAGCUGCUCUGGUUUAUUCGCAGAGCAAUAGCGUGGCACAUUGCGAUGGCGCGCCAGCUCUUUCCGUUGUGGAUAGCUACGGGAGACCUUGGAAACCCGUCGAUGCUCUAGAGCAAGAUGAUCCGAAAAAUGUCAUGCGGAUCCGGAUGGCUCUCUGGGUCAAAGCUCUACAGGAUCACAUUGUCACUUCUCUCGAGGCCAUCGAGUCAUCACAUCCUCCAGGACCUCUGGAAGUCUCGCCAUCGACCACUGGACCCAAAAAGUUUUUCCGAGAUGCCUGGAUCAGACCUGAAGGAGGUGAAGGCUCAUCCUGCGUCUUGAGCGGUGGUCGUGUGUUUGAGAAAGCAGGCGUCAACAUUUCGAUCGUUCAUGGCAAGCUGCCCACUCCAGCUCAGAAAGCUAUGAAAUCUGAACAUGCCGAUAUACCCAUCUCUGAGAAACCGAUACCAUUCUGGGCCACAGGGUUGUCAAUCGUCAUUCACCCCAGAAAUCCUCAUGUACCAACCAUCCAUCUAAACAUUCGAUACUUUGAAUUGGAGCGGGAUGAUGGAUCGGACGAACCUCUGGCAUGGUGGUUUGGAGGAGGCACAGAUUUGACCCCUUCCUACCUCGAUACUGACGACGUGAAAUACUUUCACAAGACGUUGAAAUCAGCUUGCGACGCUCACAACACAAAGUAUUGGCCGAAAUUCAAAGACUGGUGCGAUAAAUACUUUUACAUUCCACAUCGACAAGAAUCAAGAGGUGUAGGCGGUAUCUUUUUCGAUGACCUUAAUACGAGCAGCCCUUUGAAUGGAUCAGCCAAGCCAACUCAGGACGAGUUGUUCGACUUUGUCAAAACCAUGUCGGGAGCCUUCUUGCCAGCGUACCUGCCCAUCGUCCUCAAGAACAAAGACAAAGCUUGGACGGAUGAGGAGAGGAGGUGGCAGCUUCUCAGAAGGGGUAGAUAUGUUGAGUUCAACUUGGGAUAUGAUCGAGGUACAAAGUUUGGCUUGGCCACUCCCGGAGCGAGAAUAGAAAGUAUCUUGAUGAGUUUACCAGAGACGGCUAGAUGGGAGUACCAAUCUGAUAUGGGCAAACCGGGUACGAAGGAAGGCGAAUUGAUAGACGUUCUGAAAAAGCCCAGGGAAUGGGCAUAGAUCUUGGGCAACAUGUGACGACACAACCAAUUCGUACAGCAACAUGGAGAAGCUCCUCACUCUUCUUGGCGAGAUCCGAUGCAUAAU